AUGGGCUACUCGAUCCACAAUGCUGAUAUCAGCGAACCACUCACCCACCCCUUGUCUCACAGUAUCUUCAACAUUACCAUGCAGCUGCUUUUAUUUACAGCAGCCUUUUUCUAUGCUCUCAAUAUUACCGGAGCCAUGGACCGUGACAGCUACCCGUUUCGGUGCGACCCGAGCUCCUGCCCGAGCCCCAGAUGUGCUACUGGAUACGUCCUGGACAAAUGCAACUGCUGCACGGUAUGUGCAUCUGGAGUGGGCGAGGGCGACACCUGCAGCUACGAUCCACCUAUACCUUGUAAGGGCGACAUGAUCUGCGCGCUGCCAGGCUCCAAAGGGACCUGUCGCUGUAAAGCGGCACAUUUUGUUUGUGGAAGUGAUGAAACGUAUAGGAAUGUUUGCAAUAUGAGAGCAGCCAACAACAAGAUGAAGGGGAAACCUGCAAUCCAACAAGUGCAUAAAGGACCGUGUGGUCCUUUUAGUACAGGUACAAUAGUACCAAGAGUCCCAGAAGCCCUCAUUGCUGAUGUUGUAGCACAAAUAGCACCAGCUGUUGUCCAUAUCGAGUUGUUCCUAAGACAUUCUCUAUUUGGUCACCACAUUCAAAUUUCCAGUGGCUCUGGUUUCAUUGUAACCCCAUCCGGCCUGAUUAUAACCAACGCUCAUGUAAUAACCACCAGUACCAUGGUGAUAGGUCGGCUCCAUUUGCAUGUUCAGCUCCAUGAUGGUGGCGUGUAUGAGGCUGUGGUCAAAGAAGUUGACAGGAAGGCUGACAUUGCCACCAUUAAGGUCAAAACUCAGAAGAAGCUCCCGGUACUGCCUCUGGGCCGUUCAACUGAUCUAAGACCAGGCGAGUUUGUGGUGGCCAUUGGUAGCCCCUUUGCCCUGCAGAACACAGUCACCACUGGCAUCGUCAGCACAGCACAGCGGGGUGGCAAGGAGCUUGGCAUUCAUGACUCUGAUAUGGACUAUAUCCAGACUGAUGCUAUCAUUAAUUAUGGGAAUUCUGGAGGGCCCCUUGUUAAUUUGGAUGGCAAGGUGAUAGGCAUCAACACUUUGAAAGUGACAGCAGGCAUCUCUUUUGCCAUACCCUCGGACCGAAUACGACGUUUUUUUGCAGAGUCACUGACUAAAUUUUCAAAUGAAUUAGAGCCCAAUGCUGAAGAGCGUGAAGAUAUUACUUCUCUCAAUGAGUUAACAGAGAUUGCUGUGUCAGAAGCAGGGGUCCUUUGAAAAUUGAGAUGUUUCUUGGGCAUUAAGUGAGAAGAUACCCAUAUGCCAAUGCCAUACUGGACUAUUUGCUGUUUUGUUUUGUUUGUUUCUUUUUAUUCUUUACCUUUCUUGGC